AUGAACUCAGCGGACCUCGACCGUGAUGUCGAUGGCCCGCAACUCAUGCCUCAGCUUCUCGAGGUGCGAUUUCUCCGCUGGCGCGGUGUGCCGGUCCUCGAUGUGCUGGCGCAUCUUGCGGACGAUGCGCGCCAGAAACGCGUGCGCGCAAGGAUAGUACAUCCUUCGUGGCCACUGGUGACCCCGCUAUCGGUGUGGAGGAAGGCUGGCCGCUCCCUUCAAUCGACGAUGCUGUGGGUCUAUGAGAUUGAAUUGAUACCGAAGGGUACUGCACGCUGUAUGUACCUAAUGAUUGCUGAUCUGCCUGUAGAAGAGCCGAGGUGGCACGGACUUCAGCUUCAGCGUCUGAAACAUAAGUGUCUGAGAGAUGCAUAUUGGGUCCUGGCAGAGGGCCCAAUGGUUCUUGGCAGAGGCUCGCGUAUUUGGGGUGCGACGAGAUGCUGGUGUGUUCUUGCGAAGGCACUUGGCCUCGCGCAUGAUCGGUGGUAA